AAACUGGCAGCUCGCCACUGAGCAUGCGCUAAUCGGUAGCAGGUUACACGAGUUUAUUUUCAGCCUUUUUCUUAGAGACGAUGGCGUAAACUGACCGUGGUCGAGACUUGUGGUGUGUACCAAUGUUUUCACUGGACCCCAGGACUAAAAACCUGAGAGGAAACGUCUCCGGAGCACCGAGGUUUGGAAUUUAAAGGUGACAUGUGAAAUGUUGCUGCGUGGUUUGUCAGUAUUUCCAGGCGCAGACGGACAGACCAAGCCAGGCUAGUUUCAGCUAACUUAGCUGGUAGCCAAGCAGCUCGGGUAGCUAUCGUUAACCUCUGCAGACUGAGCGUGUUGUAGUAUAGACGCAGCGUUUAUUUACAGGUUGUAAGCGUCCUGUAUUAUCAUCUAAAGAAUCAUAAAGUUUCACACCCGGCUGCUGCUUCAGUGCGCACACAGGACGGCGGAGCAGCUAAUGCUAGGUACUUCUGUGGGCUGGACACCGCUGUGAGUGAGAGUGAGCUGUCCCUUACAGCCACCAUCAAAGACUCCCUUUGACAUCCAGCCCCUUCAUAUUACCCAGUCAGUUAAAACAGUGCUGACAUGCGGCGCUGAUACAUGCUAACUGUUAGCUAGCCGCUCACGUCGCACUACAGCAGUCAUAUUGUAUUGGCUGACAUGGCAGCCAGCGGAUACUCUGACCUGAGGGAGAAGCUGAAAUCCAUGACUCCACACAGAGACGAGAUCAAGAAUAAAUACGUGGACGGGACGAGUAACGGCAGUAGUGGAAAAGGUCGAAAGCGCAAGGUCCGAGAGUCCGACGACGAUGAAUACGAGCACAGCGACGACUGUGCGGAGAACCGGGAGCAGGAGGCCGGCCGGGUGAAAAGCAGCAUCCUGCAGAAGAACAUCUUCACCCCGGAGGAGUGCGCCCUCAUCGAGGGGAAGAUCGACGACGUGGUUGCCAGAGGAGAGGCUGGACUUUACCGGGAGCAUACCGUAGACAGGGCGCCCCUCCGCAACAAGUACUUCUUCGGGGAGGGGUACACGUAUGGAUCCCAGCUGGAGAAGCGCGGACCGGGCCAGGAGAGGCUGUACCGCAAAGGAGAAGUAGAUGAGAUCCCGAGCUGGGUGGACGAGCUAGUGAUCAAGCGCCUGGUGUCCAGUGGAGUGGUGCCGGAAGGGUUUGUUAACAGUGCAGUCAUCAAUGAUUAUCAACCAGGGGGCUGCAUUGUGUCACAUGUGGAUCCUCUGCACAUCUUUGCACGGCCCAUCGUCUCAGUGUCCUUCUUCAGUGACAGCGCGCUCUGCUUCGGCUGCCGCUUCCAGUUCAAACCGAUCCGGGUGUCGGAGCCGGUGUUCGUCCUGCCUGUGGGGAGAGGGAGUGUCACAGUGCUCAGUGGCUACGCUGCUGAUGAUAUCACCCACUGCAUCCGGCCCCAAGACAUCAAGGAGCGGCGUGCAGUGAUCAUCCUUAGAAAGACCAGACCUGAUGCUCCUCGACUCGACACGGACAGCCCUUUAAGCUCUUCUCCUGUAGAGAGACCCGCACCUCUGAAAGCCAAACGCUAUCAUCGCAGAGCACAGCCUGAUGCUGCUCACAGGCAUGUGAGGAAAAAGUUUUCUUCAAGAAUUCAAGUUAACAAGGGGCCGAGGGUACUAGAGAUGGAUAAAGAGGAGAACAGACACCCGUCACACUCCCGUCAGCGUCGUCACAGCACCGGCUCAGAGAACUACUGGAGACGUGGGCAAGACUCCGACAAACACCGGGAGAGUUCAGGACGCAAAGUCAAAAUGAGACGCCACUGAGCACUUCUCCAUCGCACACAUGUACACAUAUAAAUAUACCCAUUCUUUUAUGCAUUUCAAUAUUGUAAAAAAAUUUGAUCAGCCAUCAUUUUUCUCGCUCCAGUUUUAGUCUGGCACAAGGAGCACAGUCAUCAUGUUGUCUGCGUUUUGAUUUGAGGUUUGAGUUUGGGUGCAUUAUUUGUUUCUGACAGACAAAGCUGGUGUCUCUGCUGCACAGCGCAGAACCUAGAGUUACUUGCUACACUUAGGCUCUGUUGUUAAAUUCCCUUUAAUUGAACUUUUCUUGUUUCUAUGUCCAUAGAUGCGUCAGAAUGGCAUGUAUUUUUUGUAACUAAGAUGUACAGACUGCAAGAGCUAAAGGAGAGAUGUAUGUAUGGACUUGUACAUAAGAAAACCUGAGCUGUAAUCUAACUUGUUAUAAUGUACAAUACAUUUGUAUAGUCUUUGGGGGAACCUUUAUGCAGAAAGAAACUUUUUUUUUUUUUUUUUUUUUUUUUGCACUUACAUUUCUGAUCCUUACCUUUUUACUGUGCCAUCCCAGAUCUUUGUUCACUUUGGCCUCCCUGUCGCAGUUUGAGUUAAAAACAACUGGCAGAUGUGCAGCCAUGCUUUUGUGUUAUGAUUUGAUUCAGCUGUAUGGCUCACGUUGGUAAACUGAUGUUUUAUGGAGUGAUGAAAACCUCAGGCCUUGUUUUUCCACUCCUGUUUCAGUUUGAAGUUGCUUUACCUUUUAUAGUGACAGAGGCCAUGUUAUUGCUUUCCUGUAUUAAAUCAAAAAUGUUCCUCAUUUAAAUGGGUGAUAUUUGGGUCAGACAGAACAAAGCCAACUUGUUUAACUUGUGUCUAAACACGCGGCUCAGAAGAAACUCCAUUUACAGAAUUAUUUGCUGUGUAAACACCGAUAAAUGUGUUCCUUGCGCCCAGUCAGCCGUAUCUGGCAGAGGUAAUUAUUAGCUGACUGCGAGGUUGCUCUGGAGUUACACAUGAACAAAAAUGACCUUGGUUCAGAGGAGAAAUUACUUUCUAAAAACUGGCUGAGUUGCGUUUAUGGUUUUAGGAAGCUCAGCUACAGUUAUGAACUUGAACAUGUUAGCAAAAAUGAUACGUAGUAGUCUGUAGGGGCUCCACACAGUUGGUCUGCUAUUCAUUAAAGGAACACGUCACCCCCAAAUUGAUCAUUUGUAUAUCAAUGACUCACCCUGUGUUACCUUGAACGUGUAAAGAAAACUUGUUUGUUGUCGCAUGCCUCCACUGUGAUCGAAGAAUCCAAAAAUGGAGAUCAUUUUGGAAAUAAAAGGUAACACUGGGUGAGUGAUUGAUAGAUACAUAGUUUUGUGGGUGAAGUAUUCCUCUUAAGCGGAGAUGUCUGAACCAAGCUGGCUGUUUAAGCACCAGCCAGGGAGAACUACAAACGAGUGUCUUCUACUGCCAUUAGUUUGUAGUCACUCAUCUGUUACUAGAGAACCGUCGGGAUUCACAUUCAAGUUCACCUGCUUUAAAUGAUCAAGCAAAUAACUGGCCUCAAUAUCAGGGAUAUGUUUCUCGUUUUGUGAUUAAAAGAUCAUUUCCCUUGUUGCCGUUGAAGUCUGGAAUUUGGGAAGCAGUGACAUCUUUCAUGCAAAAAUGGCAGAAAAUGCUGUUAACGGCCUCAAAUGUGAGAAUUUUCUCUUUUUUAUAUAGUAUUAAACUAAAUAUCUUUGGGUUUUGGAGUGACAAAUCAAGACAUUUAGAGAGAUCAUCUUGGACUUUGAGAAACUGUGAUGGACACUUUUUUCUGACAUCUGAUGGACCAAAUUAAUAAAAAAAAUAAUUGGCAGAUUAA